AUGGAUUCACAAAAUUCUGUGGAAACAUUGACUAUUGCUCUAAUCGAUACACUUUCGGAUAAGAAUGAGAAAGUACGCGAUAAUGUUGCUCAAUCAAUUGUUGAUACUGGUAAAAAAUUACCUCAACCAACAGUAAAAUUAUGUACGAAUUAUCUUGAUAAACAUCAAAAAUUACCUGAUUCACAUCGAGCAGCUAUCUUACGUGUUAUACAACGUAUUCUUAAUUAUCAUCAAGACAAAGAAGGAGGAACACCAUUUGAUAGUGAUACAUUUCAAUCACUUACUCGUGUUACUAUCAAUGAAUUAACAAUGCCAAAAGAGUUAAUUCCCUUGUGGCAACAAGCUGCUUCUGAUGUAUUAGUUGAAAUUGGCAAAUGUGAACCUGAUCUUGUUUGUACAGCUCUUUUACCACAUAUGCAAGCUGGUCAAUUACCACAAUUUUUUGUUCUACAAACAGUUGGUAGUCUUGCUGAAGCCAAUCCGCGUGGUAUGGUUCAUCAAUUACGUCCAAUGUUUAGUCGUAUAUUACCAAUGAUGGGCAUGAUUAAACAAGAGAACUAUCGUUGGGUUUAUACAGCAGUACUUUAUAAAUUUUGUUUGGCUUUAAUUGAUUUUCAAGCUAAUGGUGACGAAGCAGCACGUGCAACAUUUGCUCCACAACAAUUUGAAAAUGAUGCAUUUGCGGCAUAUGAAGUUUUUCUUACAUCAGCUUGGAUUGGAUCCAAAGAAAUUAAAGUUCGAAAUAUAUGUGUACAAGCUAUUGGUCGUCUUGUUUAUUUAUUUUCUUCAUCAAAAUUUACAGAACAAUUUCCACGUUUAAUACAAAAUGUACUUGGUUUUUAUCGAAAAACUGUUGAUCAUUUAUAUGUUAGUGAAACAUUAAAUUCUGUUGUAUUAUUGGCUCAUCAAUGGAAUGUACCACAAUUAAAACAGUCAAUGGAUAUUAUUCUAAGAGAAGUUUUAAAUGAGAUUCAAAUUAAUUAUGAUACAUUUGAAAGUGGUAAUGAACAUGCUAUUAAAAAUCAAAAUGAAUUAUUACGAACAUUAUCAAUACUAGGUAAACAUGCACCACAAGCAAUAUGGCCUUGGUUAUUACAACGUAUGGAGCAAGCUGGUACUAAUGAUAAAGCGCGUAUUGUACUUCUUGUUAUUUAUCGUCAUCUUGUUUAUGCCUUUGGUAAUGAUGCACCAUCAACGCCAUUUGAUUAUAAAUCAUUACUUGUAUCAAGUUUAAGACCAACAUUAAAUACAGCAACAUUGAAAAUUACAAAAUAUUUAUCACAAUUAAUUGUUGCUAUGGCUUGUCAUGGUUAUUUACAAUUAGAAGGACGAACAUUUUUAAUUGAAUAUAUUGUUCGAAAUUGUACAUAUCCUCUAACAACUCAUGAAGAUAAUAAAACAGAUUCAUCAAUAACAACAACACCCAAUGCUGAUGUUAGAAUAAUGUGUCGAAAUAUUUUAAAUGCUUUUAGUUCGACUAUUGCAGGAAUGGAUGAAGUUUUAUGGCCAUUAUUAAUGGAAUUUCUCAUACCAGAAAUGUAUACUGGUGCAUUUGGAAUAAUUACUAAAGCAUUAGCACAAUCUGGUCAACAACAAAUAACAGCAAAAAAAGAUACAUUUUGGGUUGAUUUUGAACUUUUAGCUAAUUUACCAAAACCAAAUGACAUUAUUACACGAUGUUUUGUUCUUUUGGGUGAACCAUUAGUUGAAGAAACACGUGGUAUAUCAAUACUUAAUUUUCUUCGUAUAGCUGUAACAGAACUUAAAACGGAAUUAAGAGAAUUAUGGGAAAAGGUUAUUCCACGUUUACUUCAAAAUUUAAAUGAUGAUGAUGAAAAUAAAAAAUUUGAUUCAGCAAAUUGGCAAGAUCUUAUGCUUAAAUUUCUUUCAAAAACGCUUGAUGUCGUUGAACAAGAAGAUUGGAUUAGUGAUAUAGGUGCUUGUUUUGUUAAACAAUUACCUUUAUAUAUAAAAUUAGAACAUGAACGUGGUUUUGCUUAUAAAUGUAUUGGUAUUGUAUUACGUAAAUCAAAAAGAAAUGAAUUUGUUACUCGUACACUUGAAUCUAUGAUGACAGUUAUUAAUUUUCAACAUGAACAUGAACGAAAUGGCUGGGCAACAAUGUUUGGAUUUUGUUCAACAACACAUCUUGAUAUUGUAUUACAACGACUUGAUAUGUAUUUAAAAAUCGGUGAUUCAAAAAGUUCAAGUUCAACAUCAAGUGGAAGUAGUGGUCUUUUUGGUUUUCUUAGUUCAAAAACUGACACACAUUCUGAUUUAUUACGUGCAACAACUCUUUUAGCUUAUGCUUAUGUUUCAAUAUAUGCAACACUUGAUUUAAUUAUUUCUCGUAUGGAAACAAGUAUACUUAUUAAUGCUGUUAAAAUAGCUCGAACAAUCAAAGACGAAACAGGAAAAUUAAUUGUUGCAAAAUCAUUUGUUAUUCUUGCCCAAUCAAUGAAUAAAAAUCAUUUGAAAACUGAUUUUGUUUUUGCAUCACGAAAUGAUCUUACACAAGAAAUGAAUAAUUAUAUUACACAAGAAACAAAUGUUAAAUUACAACCAACAACAUUUAAUCAAUGUGUCCGAGCAUGUCAUGCACUUAUUAUUCUUCAACCAGAACCAAUACUUCCUGAAAAAUAUCAAUUAGCUCGAGCUAUGUUGCAUUGGUACUGUUCGACAAAACUUGAACUUUCAUCAAGUCAAAAAGACGAAAUUUCUGCAUCACUUGGUGCACUCAUUAUUGAAUUGCUUAAUUUGGGUGAUUCAUCUGAAACAUUUCCUAGUCUUAUUAAUCUUCUUGAACCUUUUUGUCUAUCACUCCAAGUCUAUGAGCGUGCACGUGCUUUUGAUAUUCUUAAUCAACUUAUUCAAUCAGAUCCAAUGAAUAAAUUGAAAGAACAGAAUCUGAUAGAUGUUGGGGGUAUUAUGGCUCUUUGUCUUAUGUAUUUAACUGAUACAGAAUCAUCAAUUGAAUUAGCAACAAAUGCAAGUCUUACUAGAUUAUUACAUCUUCAAACGCAACUUGCAACCGGUGACUUUUUGACUAAUGAUAUUCAUAAAAUUCAUUGUUUAUUUAUUGAAGGUGUCAUGGAAAAUUCAAAUGGUGAACAGAGUGCUGUUGAGCAAGAUAAAUCAGCAAAUGAUGAUACUAUACAAAGUUUAUCGGGUAAUAUUGAACCACGUUGUCUUUUAUCGUUUAUCGAAAAAGCUACUGAAAUUAUUGCUGAUACACGAGCAGUGGGCUCAGUCGUGGUAUGCAAUGUUCUUUGUAAAAUAUUUGAUUGUCGACAUGGUGAAUUAGCUGAUCAAAUCGAUUACAUCUUCAGUAUUAUGCUUAAUAAAUAUAAUCAAAUUACCAAUGAGGAUGUCUUACGAGCAUUACGAGGUACCUUCAAACAACUUAGUUUGUCAUGUUCAACUCGUGUAUUUAGUACAUUGAUGAAUUUCGGUGUACCAUUCACCAAAAAUCUUGUGACUAUUAUUCAUGAUCUCGCCGAUAAUCGACCAUUGACUGAAGCUGUUAUAGCACAAAUAAUGGAAUGUUGGUCACGUUCACUACCCUAUGAAGAAAAAGGUUCACAACGACAUGCUACUGCUCAACCACUUAUGGCUUUAUAUUUGCUCAAUGAAUGGUUUCAAUCAGAUCGAAUGUGUGAUCUUGGUGAAUAUGCUUUUCCACGUUUGUUCGUUGCUCUCUUCAUACGUAUGGCUUCACAUGUUGAUACACUACCACCACAAAAUGUACCACCAUUACGUCGUAUUGCACCACCUAAUGGUAGUUCUCGACGCGAUUCAACAGCAAGUAAUGCCAGUAACGUUUUCGUGUCUAAUGCAACAGCUACAAAUACAAAAAAAUCAUCAUCACGUCUAAGUAUAUUUGAUUCAAAAUCGUCUCGUACUUCAUCUAAAACAUUAUCUGCUUCUGAACAACAACAAAAUACUGCUGGACCUUCAAAUAAUGAAUUAAAAAAAAUUGAACCAUGGCGUUUAUCAAAAGAUUGUAUGAUGCAUUUUCUGAAAGUUUAUAAAUGUCAAUCAGAAAUUAAUGAUGUAGUGCCUUGGGAAAAGAUGAAUAAAUUUGAUACAGCUGAUUCAGCUCUUGAAGCACUUGCUCAAGGUCUAGCACGUUGUAAUCAUAUAAAUCAAAAACAAUUAAAUGUUAUUAUUGAAUUACUUGGUCAAGUGCUUGAUGGUCCUUAUGAUAUUCAACGUGUAUGUGUAUCAGCAUUUUUUGCCGAACUUAUACGAUGUAAUCCUGAUGAUAGUGAAGAUCAACGUUUUGUUCGUGAACUUAUUCGGUAUCUAUUGGGACGUUUAGUGGAUCAUAAUAUUUAUGUAAGGAAAUUUUGUUUACGUGGUCUUGGUUGGUGGCGACCAGUUCGUGAUAGUCCAGAAGAUAAAGGUUUACCAACCACUAUUCUGGCAUCAUUAAUUUCUGGUUUGGAUGAUCGUGAUGAUAAAAAUGAUCUUCUUACACUUGAAGCAAUGUGUUCAUUAUCAAAUGUAAUUGCUGUUAUGAAUGAAGAUGAAGUGCGACCUAUUCUUAUGAAUGUUCUUCUACGUAUUCGACCUUGUUUUGAAAAAGAUGAAGCAAAAGUACGCUCAGCAGCAUUUACAUUAUUUGGAAAAAUGGCUUCGGUAUGUGAAGGAAGCUCACGUGAAGCAUUUGUUGAACAAAUAUUUUCAUCUUUAAUAACAUUAACACUUCAUUUAAAUGAUCCAGUUGAAACAGUACGUGAAAGUUGUAAAACAUGUUUUCAAUCUAUUGCACCAUUACUGGAUCAACCAACAUUAGUCGAAUUAUUUAAAGAAACUCUUCAACCAAAAACCACUCUUCAAUAUACAGAAUUUAUAAGUGAUUUUGCCAAAAUUUUAGUUCAACAAUAUCCUUAUAAAGUUAAUUUUUUUAUUAUGAAUUGUAUAAUCUUUUUCAAAAAUCCUGUACCAGAAUUACGUGCUAAUGCAGCAAUUGUAGCUGGUUAUUUAAUAUUUAAUUUAACUGAAGAACAAAUUAAUAAUUUAUCCAAAGAACAUAUUUUAAAUGCGUUUCUUGUUCUAUUAAAAGAUUCAAAUCCUGAUGUACGUUGCCGAGUUGCUGAAGCAAUGCAUUUUAUUAGAAAUGAUGAUAAUGAAAAUAAUGAAAAUUUUGUUACUAUUGGUACUCAUUUUGAUCCAGCUGAACCAACUAAUAGUACAUCGAUUUUGGCUACUUUAGGCAGAAAAGCAUCGAAACUUGUUGAUCUUUCUUCAUCAAAUUAUGGCUAUGAUGGAAAACGUUUUCAUGGUGCAUUUACUGGUGGUUUUAAUGCUGGUUUUUAUAAUACAGUUGGAUCAAUUGAAGGUUGGCGACCAAGUGAAUUUAAAUCAUCGCGAACAGAACGAGCUGAAAAACGUAGUUAUGAACCAGAAGAUUUUAUGGAUAAAGGAGAUUUUAGUGAACAUGGUAUUAAUCCAAAACAAAUUAAAAUUCGAAACAUGUUUGAUCAAAAUGAAUCUGUGACACGUAGCGUAAAUAAACAACCACCUGGAACAUCAAGUCAACGUACUAAUGAAGAUAUAUUACGUGAUAUGAUUCGAGUCAAAACAUUAUCUAUUGGUAAAAAAAUACUCAUGAGUAUGGGUUGGAAACCAGGAGAAGGUGUAGGUGUUAAAAUGUCUCGCAAACAUCGACAAAAGUUAAAAUGGUCAUUAACACAAGAAACACCAAAAGAUCUUCCUCCAUCACCGCCAAAAUCGGAACAACAACAACAACAAGAACAAACACCUGGUGUUAAAGUUUAUGGUGUAGCAAUGCCACCACCAUCGUUUCAACAAACAAUUACGAAAACAUCACGUUUAGAUGAUGAUGAUAAUGAUAACGAUGAUGAUUUAGAUGAUCAAAUUUAUGCUAAUGUUAGUUUACCUCCAUUAGAUUAUGAAGUACAUUUUCAAUUACAAAAACGUGAACAUCAUGGUCUGGGUUAUAAAGGACUUGAAUCAUUAAAUUUAUUUGGUCAUAAUAAUUUAUUUGUUCAACCAUCAAUUGAAAAACAAAUUAGUAAUGUUAAAAUUCGUGGUCAAGCAUUUGGUGUUGGUAUUGAAGAAGAUGAAGAUGAUAGAGAUUUAUUUGCUGAAGAUGAUCUCAAACAAUAUGAUUAUGAAUUAACAACAGCUAAUGAUAAUACUACAGAUAUUAUGCGAAAAAAAACACAAGAAAAUAAUUUUGUAUUGAAAUUUGCUCGUUAUGAAUCUAUGUCAAUGCCUGUUGUUUGUCCACCACCUAUUAUACCAAUAGAUUUUCGUAUUGGACAUCAUUUUCCUAAAUCAGCAAUGCCACCACCUCCUCCUCCUCCACCUCCAGAAACUUCUACUAAUGAAACAUCAAAAAAUGAAUCACCGAAACCACCAUCAAUUAAACACGAUGCUAAUACCCGUGGUCUUCUUCUUGGUGAUCUUUCGUUUCUCUCUCGUCCGCCACCAAAUAUGAGUGUUCCGCCAUCAAAUAUAAGUGCACCACCACCACCACCACCACAAAAAGUAGAAGUAACAACAGUAAAACCAACAACCAUUCCAACACCAUCACUUGAAUGGGAUGUUGAAAAAGAACGUUCAUCACAUACAACUUCUGCAUCAACAAACACUGCUCGAACUCAAUUUCUGGAUGCUAUUAAAAACCGAUUUACAUCAUCAUCUGAUCUAGUACAAAUGACUGAACGUCAGUCGUUGGAAGUUGCUCUUGAAAGUGAUUUAAAAAAAGCUGUUUCAAUGAAUCUAUACGGUGAUUUAACUCGAUCUAUAUCUGAUUGGAAACCAAAUCCAUUAUUAUGUAAACGUAUGAAUGUUCCGAAUCCAUAUUCAGAUGAUGCAUAUGAUGAUUCAAAAGAAUCGAAAAAAUCUCGACGACAAUUAUGUUCGAAUCUAUUUGAACAUCUUUUUACACAAUCAUCUACAGAGGCCUUAACAACUUCUGAACAAUCUUCAUCAAUUAUAACACCACCGCUACCAUCGUCAUCAUCAUCAGUAUCGAAUUCAAAGUCAAAUGAAACAAUUAUAUCAUCAUCAAUAAUCAAACCAAUUAUUCCAUCAGUACAACCUUCUUCAGUACCUAAAGCAGAAUUUGCUUCUAUUGAAUCAUUUGAACAAGAAAAUCAAGAACGUCCUCCAUUGGAUUUCUUUUCAGCAAUCUUCGACAAUCAACCUUCUGAUGACGACGAUGCUGAUGAACAAGAAACAGAAGACAAAAAGAAUGAUGCUAUACAGAAACCAAUUAAUCCACAAAAUUCUAUUGUAUCAAAUCCUUCUAUUACAAUACGAUUAGCAUCAUCAAUAAAAUAUCAAAGUGAUCACUCAAAUAGUUCUGAUUCUAGUAUUGAAGAAAUUGAAGUUUCAGAUAAAUCAUCUCUUGUUUAUGGACCAGCUAUUCCCAGUAAUAUUCCAUCUCGUUCUAAGAUAGAUAAUGAUAAUUCAAUAUGGACAAAAUUGGCAAAUUCAAGUGCACAAUACGAAGAAUUAAAACAUAAGAAAAAACAUAAGAAAAAGAAAAAACAUCAUAAAAAGAGUAAAAAACAUCAUCAUCAUUAA